GGUGCUGCAAGAGGAACUUUUCGUGGGUUUUUUUAUUUAUUUAUUUCCUUUUUUUUUUAAUCACGUUGGUUUGGCAUCGAAGGUGUUUUUUAUCAUCGAACAUUGAUUAGAGAAUGAAUUAGCACCGAGUGGCCUUCAAUUGUUGAACGAAGAGAAGAGAAGAAGAAGAUGUGGCUUUCAUUAUUAAUAACUUGAACCAAAAAAAAGGAGGAGAAAGAACAAAAAAAGAGAAAAAAGUUCGACUCUUAAUCGCUUUCGCUUACGUGACUUUCAAAAAAAAAUACCAGGUGAGGUGAGUGGACAAUUUCGUCAUCUCCUCUGCUCUCAACAGGUGACACACACACACACAUAUUUAUUACUUUUUUUUCCUAUUUAUGUAAUCGUCAAAAUAUCGUUUAUCUUCCUUCCCCGCCGCCGCCGCCUCCGGAACCCUCCUCUUCUCUCGUGUCUCGGUUCCUCACUCGAAGGCGUCACUCGUACGGCAGCACUUCGUUGUUUGGUCGGACCAAAAAAAAAAACAACAACAAAAGAAAACACAAAUUUUAACCCCCCCCCGCCACACGUUGCCCUACCGUUGUUCCCCUCUCGGUCCUCGCUCGACGGCCCCACUCGUACGAUAGCCCUUCGUUGGUCGGACAGAAAAAAACCCAUCCAUUUUAACCCCACGUUGCUCUACCGUUGUUCCCUCUCGGUCCUCGCUAGGACGGCCCCACUCGCUUGUUCGUGCUUCGUUGGUUAGAGUUCAAAAAACGGAAUAAUGAAUACAGUUGCCUUCCUUCUCGUCUUAAUUCUUCCAGGGGUCGUUUCUGACCCCGGAGAAUCGUUGAAUUAUUGGAAAGUGAUAUCAGCUGCUCGCCAACGAUACACACACGAAAAACAGGGUCUACAUCAACGACACGAGUCCGCCUUUGAAGAGGGCGACGAUCCAGGCGUGGAAUUCGAAGGUUACAGCACACGAGACAACAGUACCAUAGAAAGGGCCAAACAACUGUUGUCUAUGAAUGUCUGCGACUCGGUUUCUGCGUUGAAUGUCUCCAGGAAAUGUUGUGAAGACACGAAAACGAUUCUGACAUCUUUGGUUCAAAGACAGAUGUGGGCGAUUCAAAUGAUUGAUUCUUACGGCAAGAUACCCAGUGGUAUAAUGUUGGGUGACUACCGAUACCCGGGUUCUUAUGAUGAAUGUAAAGCCAUCGAUGUUUUGGUCCCUAUCAACAAAACGAGCCAAAUAAAACGCCGCCCUUUUUCACCGAAAUACUGUCAAGUUGUUCUCCCCAACGAAGCACUCAAAAUGUUUAUGUCAUACGGCGUACCAGGAAUACACUUGGGAAUCUGUGUGCCUGACAGUUGCCAUGAAAACGAUAUAAACACCCUUAUGUACACUGGUAUCCACUUUCUGCCAAUUAAAAUCAGGGAAAGAUUGAAGCCUUUCACCUUUUGUGACAACGGCCUGGACUUUGAUGGCAAAGCCAUCUUCUCAAUUGUCGCCAGCUCCCUCUAUCUUCUCGUCAUCGUAGCGGCAACCUUAUACGAUAUUUUCACCACCAAUUGUCUCGCACCAAAGACAAAAGGCGAUGGUACAGGUGAGAAAAACGGUCACCUACCCAUACAGAACGGAACAGGGAGUCAGGUGGUUUUGACCCGGAAAGAUGAAAAAGUGGAACCAGGUGUUGGAGCCAAACUUCUGCUGUGUUUCUCCGUUUACCAUAAUGGCACCAAAUUCCUCAACACCAACCAAAGUGAGGGCACGCUUAGCUGUGUCCAUGGAAUUCGAUUUCUCAGCAUGACCUGGGUCCUUCUCGGACAUGUCUAUGUGUUUGGCAUAACGGUUUUCAAAAACCCCAUAACUCUGGGAGGUUUUAUGAAACAGUUUGCUUUCCAGGCCAUUGGCAAUGCUACUGUGUCAGUCGACUCCUUCUUCUUGCUGAGUGGACUCUUGGUUGCUUAUAGCACACUGAAGGCCUUCAGUGCAAGGGAUGGUAAAAUGAACUGGGUAUAUUUCUACAUACAUCGAUACUGGCGUCUGACUCCUCCCAUACUGCUCCUGAUGAUGGUGUAUAUCCCACUGUUUCGCUAUAUAGGGGAAGGACCCUUCUGGCCCCAACAAGGGACUGAAGUGAACUUCUGUAAGGAAUCCUGGUUCUAUAACAUUCUCUACCUCAACAACUUCCUGCCAACUGAACAAACUAAGCAGUGUAUGGGAUGGCUAUGGUACCUGGCAAAUGAUAUGCAGUUCUAUUGGAUCAGCCCCUUAUUACUUGUUCCAUUGUAUUUCAAACCCAAAAUCGGUCAAGCCAUCACUGCCUUGCUGUUACUGGCUCACUUCAUCUGCACAGGAUUCAUAGCAACCAACGACCACACACAACUGAACAUGCUCGGGGGUAAUAACAAUAAUAAUAAUAAUCAAACUACUGCAAACACAUUUCAAGACAUCUAUGUGAAGCCCUACACAAGGAUUGGCCCCUACUUGAUAGGGCUCCUAUACGGAUACUACCUAUAUAAAUUUAACUGUAAACUCCACAUCAACAAGUAUGUCAAUACAGUUCUAUGGCUGAUGGCCACAAUCUCCGCCGUGGCUGUUCUCUACGGCCUCUACAACAACAACAAUGGGUACUACAUUACUCAGGAGACAGCAUCCUUCUACACCGCUGUUAGCCGUACUGUCUGGGGAGUGUGCCUCGGAUGGGUUGUCUUAGCCUGUUGCACAAACAAUGGAGGUUUCGUAAACACUCUGUUGUCAUGGAAAGCAUUAAUCCCCCUCAGCCGGUUAACCUAUUGCGCUUACCUUGUUCACCCGAUCAUCCUCUACUAUUUCUACUUCAACCAACGUUACCCACUUGCUCCGACGCAAGUCACGUUUGUGUUCCUGUUCCUAGGCUGCCUCGGAGUCACCUUUAUGGUUGCAUUCUUAGCCUCGAUGGCAUUUGAAGCUCCGAUGUUAGGUUUAGAAAAAGUACUAUUGCAGAAAUUAAAGAUUAGAAAAUAAAAAAAUUUAUCAUGUUUCUUAAAA